UUUCAGUAACAAGUUCUCCCUUCUUGUCACUUCACUUCUUGAUCUAUCCUCUUUCAACUUUUGCAUUCAGCCUUCAUGUUAGCUAUGGAGCGCCGUCACGACUUGGAGCAGGAGCUCCUUGAUUCAAUUGAGCGAAGACGAGGCCCAGAGGGUGAGCCGCUUGCUGGCCUUUUCGCGCUCACCCGGGAGAUGGAGACCGAGGACGAGGACCAAUUCGACGUAGAUAUGACCAUCUUGGACUUUCUGGCGUUCAAGGCCACAGAUACUGUCUUCCAGUGGAGAGCAAGCUCUAAUCCCCACCAGUCAGACUUGCCAAGCGCUCUCGUGACCACGACGGCUGAAUGGAGGAGUUUACUCAAACACAAAUACGAAGGACGUCGCCUUAAUGGCCAAACUGCAUUUCGUUCCCGCCUCUUGCAGUUUGUUCUCCUCUUCACUCAUAGACUGAAUCAUGAUGAAACCUGGACGACACCACAGUCUUUGUCGGAAAUCCGCACACAAAACCGAACCCGAGCAGUUUACUGGAAACAGAAUACCUCACACUCCCCCGCGCUGCGUCAGCCAUUUGACACUUUUCAUGAAUUUCCGCUAUCCGACGGAGCUCUUGCAGAAAAUCGCCAUGAACUUGCGUCAGCGCUCGACAUGUCACACGAAACGCGGAGAUGGGUUACGGAUCUUGAUGGAACUCCCUCGUUGAGCUGUCUGCUUCCACUCUUCAUUGAAUUGACUGCAGCGCGUUCCUCCCUCGGUGACUUUGUACCUAUGUCGGAAUGGUUUCAGCUUACCGCGAACUUCAUGCUCCAGGCAGUCCUCGAGGAAUACUUGCGCAACGGUGCUUCGGGCGAGGAUGAGUUCAAUACGAUUUUUGCCUUUGGUUGCCCUGGGACGACGGAGGAGCCUGAGGAUGCCACGGAUAUUAAAGCGAUGCGAAAGGUAUUUUGUAGAGAUGACAAUUCGCUGGAACAAGUGCAUGGGUGGUCAAAAUGGAAACGCCAGUACAUUAACGAGCUCCUCCCGCAACCGGGCUCUUCCACUACCUUCCUCCAGGCCAUGGAAGGCGCUCAAGAUCGGUUCCCAUAUCUAGAAUUUGAAGCGAACCUCCUCGGGUUUCUCCAAUACCUCCACAACGGACUAACAAAACCUGACCUUGUUCAAGUGGAAGAAGGCCGUAUUACAAUCCACGGGAACGAGCUUCCAGAAUCAGAAUCAAGAGAGAUGUUCCGACGUAUGGGCUUCUGAAAGGAUUGGGGCAUACCACAUGCCAUUUCGCAUACGUAGGAGUACUUCUUUGAUGCCAUUCUUCUUUGCUUUUCAUUCUUCAAGUCAAAGUUCAAUGGCGUUUUGCUAAAUGCCGAAGAGGAGCUGGCUGUGGCUUUGUUUUGUUAUUGUCCUUUUCUAUACUUUCAUUGUUCC